GGGGGAGAGGCAAGGGCACGCUGCCGGAUAGCGAGGGCUACGUGUGCGGGGUGGCACGGGUGUCGCUGCUGGACCUGGCGCGAGGCUACACCCGCUUCAGCUUCCACGCUAACAUCGCGCCGCACACCACGGUGCGCGGAGCCGCCUCGCUGGACUGGACCAAGCGGCCGGGCAACUAUGCGGAGGCCGGCUCGCUGCUGAAGGGCGAGGUGCGGUGCGCCGCGCCGCUGUCCGCCACCCGCGGCUGCGACCCCUCGCUGCGGGUGUUCGCACGCGCGCUGUUCAUCAUGGACUACCGUGACUCCGACCUCUUCCACACGCUGGAGGACGUGGUGCGCAAGAACAACGCCUGGAAGCUGGGUUUCAAGCAGCCCGCUGACAAGCUCCCGCCCGACCAGCUGCCGCCUGAGCUCAAAGCCAAGCGACGAGCGCUGGAGGCGGCCGCCGCAGCCGCGGCCGUCACAGGCAGCGGCGGCAGCAGCGGUGCGCCCUCUCACGACCCCUCCUACGACGAUGACAAGCCGCGCGGGCACCGCAGCAGCCUCAGCAGCGCCGGCAGCGCGCAGCAGGCGCCGCGGCGCUCCUCCUCCGCCUACAGCCUGCAGGACAUGGCGGUGAAGGGCGGCGGAGGGGGCGGGGGCGGCACGGGGGGAGCGGUGAGGGGGUGGUCGGCGGCGUCUCCCUCGCCGCAGCCGCCGCGCCGUGACAGCGCCUCGCCUGCGGGGCUAGCGAGCCGGCUGGACAACAAUGACAGCAAGCGGCAUGUGCUGUUCGACAGUGACAGCGAGGCGGACGACGAGCCCGACGAGCCGCCCACCGCCGCCGAGCUGGCUCUGGACGCGCUGUGUGUGGACAUUGACCGCGUGCAGCUGGAGAUGCGGGAGCUGCAGGCGCUGUCCACCACGCAGCUGUCGGGGCAGCAGGCGGGCGACCGGCAGCUGGACCUGCUGACGGGGUGGCACCUGGUGGACGGGCGGGAGCGGAUCAUACUGGUGGAGGGGCUGGCGGAGGGGGCGAUGAGGAUUGUUAAGGGUAUCGCGGAGUGGGCCCUGGAGACCCCCAAGCCCGAGGAGGGCUGGCGCCGCCGCGCGGUGCUGUUCAGCGCCUCCCCCGCGCUGCGCACCGCCAGCCGCCUGUACGCGCCACUUGGGGUGGACCUGUGGAUCGUCAAGCUGCGCGCCCCCCUGCCCAAGCUGCUGGGCGAGCCGGGCAGCUUCGCGACGGGCAGGGUGCGACCGGACUGCGUGCAGGGUCUCCGGCGGCUGGGUGCGCUGCGCUCCGUGGCCUGCUGGUCGCGUCAGAUGUACGACCUGUCGCUGUGGCCCAGUCCGCAGCAGCUGCAGCUGGUGGACAAGAAGUUCGGGGGGGAGCUGAUGGCGGCGGAUGUGCUGGGGGUGGAGGUGGAGGACGAGCCAGACAGUGACGAUGAGGACGGCGGCCCCGCCCUGGGUGCCUUGCUAGAGGACUCCCGCUCCCAAAAGUCCUCCAACCGCUCCAACCGCUCCCGCCGCUCCUCACGCUCGCGCCGUUCCAUGAAGAGCUUGCGCAGCUGCCGCAGCGGCAAGAGUGGGAAGAGCGGCAAGGGCAGCAAAGGCAGCAAGGGCAGCCGCGGCGGCAAGGGCGGUAAGGGCAGCAAGGGUAACAAGGGCGGGCGGCGGGGCCCGCGGGGCAGUUCCGCGGGUAAUGGCGGCGGCGAGGAGGAGGGCAGCGUGACUCGGCGCACGCUGGAUGCGCGCAAUGAGGACUACUUGCGCAUGCGGAGGAAGAUGCGGGCGGCGCGGCUGCAGAGGGACUGGGUUACACUGAACCGCGACUCGCUGCGGGCGCUGGAGGCCAAGAUGGGGCACAUCAAGGAGUCCUGGCGCGAGUGGAACCCCCAGCGGGCGGCGCACGAGGAGCUGGUGGCGGCCAUGCGGGCGGGCACACUCACGGCGGAGGAGAUCGCCUCCAUGUCCGCCCGGCGGCCCAACCUGCAGCCCAUUCCGGGCACCCUGGGACGCCAGGACGCCGUGUGUCGCGGCUGGUACCCGCACCCCACCCCCUUCAAGUGGCCCGCCCCGCGAGCCCCGGCGGAGUUCCGCGACCUGCCCAACAAGCCCAGCGGAUUCAGAGUGGAGCAGCUGUCAGAGCCCUGGGAGGACCCCAGUUCGGCAUUCAAGCCCACCGCCUCCGCUGCAGGGGCGUACGGCGGCGGGGGCGGCGGGGAGCUGUCGGAUCCCGCCUGGGAGGAGGGGCGCGGGCGGGGGGAGUUCCGAACGGUGGUGCGAGGGGAGGAGAACGGACUGUUUGGCGCGGACCGCUCCUAUUGGCUCACCAUACACGGCGAACGCGAGGCCGAGCUGCGCGCCGCCCAGGUUGCCGCUGCGGAGGAGUGGCGGCGGCGGCUGGUGGUGGCCGACCCCGUCAUGCGCACCACACUGCCGCAGCGCCCGCCGCGGCCCGCGCAGGCGGACAGGUUCACCCCGCUGCUGCAUGACGAUCCCACCAAGCGCGGCCUCAAGGUGUCCCACGCGCCCGCCCCGCCGCUCAACUCCGACCUGGACUACCCCUGGGUGGACCCGCGCACCCGGGUGGGGGUGGCGGGGCCGGCGGGGGAGCGGGGCGGAGGAGGGCCGCGGGAGGACAAGAGCAAGCUGAUGAGCCCAAGCAAGGACUUCCGCCAUGUGACCGGCAAGCCCAAGACCGCCGUACACAAGCUGCCGUACAACCAGAGCUGGACCGCCUCCCUGCGCGACAAGUACUACGGACAGUGAGGUGCGGGUGGCUGGCAUGCGCCUGCUGCCGCCUUGCACCCGCCCCCCUCCCCCGCACCCGCACUGGUGGCUGGCCGCAGCCUGGGAGCAGCAGGGGAGUGCAGCUGCGCCGGGGGCUGCAGCGAGCUAGCUGUGGGGUGUCGUGUCGGCUUGUCGGGCGAGGGGUGGGGGUUGCGUGUUCGCAUGUUGUGGGAGCGCUGGGGGCAGGGUGGUGGGGGUCGGGUGGCACGGUAACAAGUGGUAGCGGAUGGAAAUGGAGGCGUUUGUUUGGGACUGCGGUAUGGAUGCGUGUUCACUAUACAUGCAAUACAUGCAAGGACAAAACGGCUUUACAUAGGAGCUAUUUUACAUACCGGUAUAUGACUGCAGCGUCUAAGACGUGAGCGUGUGUGGGGGCGUUUUACAUGGGAUUAGCACCAAUUGCGCGAUCUGUUCCUGGCCGUGAUGCCAGGGGGUGAUACCUUCGUCCUUUGCUACUUUGUGUAGCAUUGCAAGGGAGGGUUGCAAUCCUUUUGUGCCCCUUGGCGGGCACACACAAGAGUACAGGUAGGGUGUUAUGAAAAGGCUGGGACGGAUGGGAGCCAGCUACACACCCCGCAUGUGCCACGUCUCACGUGUAGCUUGCGUGGGGGUAAGCUGUUUGCUGCGGUGAUGUGGCUAUGAUGUCACGUUCCGGCUCAACUGACGGCGUAGGUAGACGGUGUGUAGGUGGUGACACGAUAAAGGCGAGUGGGCGACUUAACAGCUACCUACGGUGGUAGGGGCUAUGGUUGACCUUGGCUUGGCACUUCUGUGGUAGGGAAGUUGGAGGGUCAACGCGCUCGGAUACACGGACCAAACUAACUAUGCCGGUCGCGUCUUGCACCGAAGGCUUGUAUGAUGGCUGUGCAACCCCCCUGCCGUUCGGGGAUUCACGCCAGGUAGGCGUUACGGAUGGCGCUGCUUGUUGUUAUCUGCUGCUGCGGAGGUUCCUGGAAACCCAGGUGGGGCCGGACGGCACGCGUGUAUCUGGUGCGGCGUGUCUCCAUCACGGCAAGCAAGUGAAGGGACGUGUUCCUAACGGCUUUGAAGCAUACCAGCAGCUGUUUAUGAAGGCAGCAGAUAGGGAGCCGGUUCCUAUAGCAUGGUUGAAAAAACGGUUGAAGGAAACCGUUGUCCAGGGCCUCCUCUGCAGCAGGGCAGGAAUAACCCUGGGUGUCAUACAGUCUGGUUAAGCAGGUUAGGCUGCAUGCCAUUCACAAAUUGCCGCAAGCAUGACAAUACAGCUGGAUACGGUAUGCAACGAACCCGAGCAGUGUGCUCCUGAACCCUAGCGGACCUGAUGGUGGCAGCGUACGGCUUUGUACGACAGAGGAGAGUAAUCCACAGAACGCUUCUAGCCGAGGUAAAUAUUCACACAACGUUGCCUGAUUAUAAGGUGUUCGCAACUUUGCGUAUAAGCUUGAGGACGUAGAGUUUGGGUAUACAACUUUCGUUGGAAGGUCCGGCGUUUAUUGCUGCUCAAUUCCCUGUUGUAGCUACUUAAUACUUCACGUUUACCAGUAGAGUACUGUCGUUAUCCUUGCUUCUUUCCUCGUUUGUGGCUGCGCCAUCGACCGUGCACUCGGCGUGGCGAUGUCACGCCCGGCGGACAGCCUAUCUGCGCUAUGGCAGCAAACGGAAUUGGAUGUGGAGACACUAAGAACACACAUUCAAACGGUAAUUGAAGGGGACGACGAAGCGGCUGAGAAGCAAGCCCUGGAGCAAAUGCGGUUGCUGCUAAGCCGCGUGAAGAUGUGUGCCAUGCUCGCGCGAACCGCCUCCGCUGAGCAGGAGAACCAGCACACGAGAGCAGCGGCCCUAGCAGCAGCAGCGGCGGCAGUCGGGCGGCCUAAAUCACCUUCCGCGGCGGCGACAGGGCAGCAGCAGCAGCAACAAGCGGCUGCUGCCGUUGCCGCCGCGGCUCAAAUGAUGGCGACGAUGCAGGCCGCAGCCGCAGCGCAGCGAAAACAACAGUCGCAAAGCCCGCCGCAGCAGAAUUCGCCAACCCUGACUGCGCAGACUGCUCCACAGGCGAUGCCGGCAGAGGUGCAGAAGCGGCUACAGCAGCAGCUACAGCUGCACCUGCAGCAGCAGCAGCAACAAGGGGCGGCAGCCAUGGCGGCGGCUGCUGCGGCUGCCGCAGCGACGGCGUCGUGGCCAGCACAAGUUCCAGUACCCGGGGCCGCGGCGGUGAUACGUCCUGGCUUGUUCAAUCCUCUGGACAAUCCCUUCGGAGCGGUGCUGCAGCAUCCCCUGGCGGCCCUGGCUGCUGCUACACAACAGCUACAGCAACCGCCUCCUUCCGGGGGAGGGGGGACAGCAGCGGCAGCACCCGCAGGGGCGACGACCACAACAACACCCGCAGCAGCAGCACAAGCAGCAGCAGCGGCUGCACCUGCUGCGCCCUUCACCGCCGCGCAGCUCAACGCCGCGGCGCAGCAGGCAGCGGCGCUGCGAGCGCAACUGGUGAGCCACCAGCAGCAACAGCAGCAGGCGGCAGUAGCAGCCAAGCCGCCAGGGACAUGAUGUGCCUCAAGGGCGCUCAAAGGACACCAACCCCUCUUGCGUCUCUCGCUAACGUACGAGGGGCUUGCGCUUGCGGCUGUGGAGGGUCAGGGAGCCUGGUGGAUCAUGGUCGAGUACCGUUAGCUCGUGCGCGCAGAUGGCUGGUUGCAGCGGUCUACAGGGCUUACCACUUCACUGCCGCCCCCGGUUCCCCUCGUGCCCAGGGAUCACACUGCGCCCACGCCUGUGCUGGGGGCCCUGUGGGAUGACGCAAACCCCGUAACGCGCAACUUGUAACGCGCACAUGCUGGCC